UGCUAGUCUUGAAUCGAUAGAGGAUAACUUCUUCCAUGGCGGCCUUCCAUGGAUCCUCUUCCUCUUCCUGUUCUUCUUCAUCUUCUUCUUUCUCUUCCCUUGCCUCUUCUAUUUCUCGAUGCACUUACGAUGUAUUCUUGAGUUUCAGAGGUAAAGAUACUCGCAAAACUUUUACUGCACAUUUAUAUGCAGCUUUGUGUCGAAAUGAUGUCAACACCUUCAUGGACAAUAAGCUUAGAAGCGGAGAGGAAAUUUCACCAGCACUUCUCGAAGCCAUUAAAGAAUCAGCGAUUUCAAUCAUUGUAUUGUCUAAAAACUAUGCAUCAUCCCAAUGGUGUUUGGACGAGCUCAUGAAGAUCCUCGAGUGCAAAAAAACAAGGGGGCAACAAAUUCUACCCUUGUUCUAUCACGUACAUCCAUCAGAAGUACGGAAUCAAACCAAUAGUGUUAGAAAAGCAUUCGCUAAACUUCAAGAAAGGUUUAAGCAUGAUCAAAUGAAGUUGCGAAGGUGGAAGACAGCUCUAUCACAAAUAGGCAAUUUGUCAGGGAAGCUUUUGGGGAACAGGAAUGAACCUGAAUUUAUUCACGAAAUCAUUCAAUUGGUGAAUUCGAUGUUAGUAAAAAAUACAUACUUCCAAGUUGCCGAGUAUCCAGAGUCUCAUGUACAAUAUGUGAAGCCACUUUUAGACUUAGAGAAGAAUGACAGUACAUGCAUGGUAGGUAUCUUUGAAACUGGUGGAAUUGAUAAGACGACUAUCGCCAAAGCAAUCUACAACUCAAUUGCCUCUCUAACUGAAGAAAGCAAAAAAAGUGAUGAAACAAAUUUAGUACUUCACAAAUUAGACAAUGAAAGACAUCUCAAAGACUUGAUGAACACGAGUAAGUUUAGAGAAGAAGAUGAGAAAGGCAUAGAUAUACUAUAUUUUCAUUUGGAAAGAAUUGUAGUAGCUACGGAUGGCUUCUCAUAUGCAAACAUGAUCGGAAAGGGGGGCUUUGGGUAUGUUUACAAGGGCACAUUUCUAGGAGGUCAACAAAUUGCGGUAAAAAGACUCUCAAGUGCCUCAAGCCAAGGCUUUCAGGAAUUUAAAAAUGAGGUGGCAUUGAUUAAAAACCUUCAACAUAGGAAUAUUGUUAGGCUUCGGGGAUAUUGCAUGGAAGGAGACGAAAAAAUUUUACUCUAUGAGUACAUGCGCAAGGGAAGCUUAGACUCAUUUAUAUUCGAUCGAAAUCCAAGCAAGUAUUUGGAUUGGGAAAUGCGCGUCAACAUCAUUUGGGGAAUAGCUCGUGGGCUUCUUUAUCUUCACCACGACUCCAGAUUGAGGAUCAUCCAUAGAGAUUUAAAACCUAGCAAUAUUCUUUUAGAUGAGGAGAUGAACCCCAAAAUAGCUGACUUUGGCUGUGCAACGAUUGCUGAAGGCAAAAACAUCGAGGCACGCACAAUGAGAAUAGUUGGAACUUAUGGCUAUGUCGCUCCAGAGUACAUGCAAAGUGGAAUUUUCUCUGUCAAAUCCGAUGUUUAUAGCUUUGGUGUUAUUCUACUGGAGGCUGUAUGUGGAAAAAGGAAUACAAAAUUAUCCAUGAGUCUUAUAGAUUAUGCAUGGAUAUUGUGGAUAGAAAACAAGGUGCUGGAUUUAGUGGACCAAACUCUAUGUGAAGUUUGCAAUGCAGAUCAAUUCGUGAAGUACAUAAAUAUUGGACUCUUAUGUGUACAAGACGACCCACAUGACCGCCCCACCAUGUCAAAUGUUGUUACCAUGCUUGGCAGUGAAGCUGCAGUUCCAACUCCAAAACAGCCAACUUUUUUUCGAAGGACAGGUCUUUCCAACACAACUAAUUUUUCAACUAGACCGCAAAAACAUACAAAAUCAACUAUUAGUGAAAUAUAUGAUGAGGUGCAUAAUGAAAGUCAAAAGAGAGUGAGAGAGAAAAAGACCAAUGAAGCUUUAGAGCAACAUCUUGUAUUAAAGUAUGAUAAACUAUAUUACAAUGGUCUUUAUUUAGAGGAAUGCAAGACACCAUAAUUCUAUCAAACAUUCAUCUAACAAGUCCAAUGUCGUGUGGUCCAAUCAACCACGCCACUUCAGCCACCAUUUUAUUGAUGUAAUUAUGUGUA